AUCUAUACAACCGCAACCAACACUGGACAUGGAGGACUAUGAUGUUCGCUCGGCCGCAAGCAUCCUGGCCUCAGUGAAAGAGCAGGAGGCGCGCUUUGAGCAGCUGACCCGAGCCCUUGAGGAGGAGCGCCGCAACGUCACCCUGCAGCUAGAGCGUGCCAAUCUACCUUCCAACCCCCCAAGCCAACCGCUGGCGUGGCAGCAAGUGGUGAUGCAGGAGCAGAGCCCCAGUAACGCGACAUCCCUGGCCAUGAUGCAGGAGCCGCAGGAGGUGGUGGAGGAGACGGUCACCAUAGAGGAGGACCCCGGCACCCCCACCUCCCACGUCUCAGUGGUCACUUCUGAUGAUGGAACCACACGGCGCACAGAAACCAAGGUGACUAAGAUGGUGAAGACGGUGACCACCCGCACAGUGCGUCAAGUGCCCCUCGGCCCUGAUGGUCUGCCCCUGCCUGAGGGCUCGUCCCCACUGGGCAGCUACACCGAUUCCAUUGACCGGCGGUACAUGAAGAAUGGAAGUGACCGCUUCAUCACGCCUCAAGCAACCUCCACCCUGACGCGUUCCUACAACAACUCCUACAAUGAUUCUUAUGGCGAGACACCUGAGAGCCAGUACGUUCGCCACUACGGCCUGCACGAUGGCUACGCUGAUUUGACGGAUAACUAUGGCAGUCUGUCACGUGGCGUCAACUUCCGGCCGCCACGAUACCCCUACUUGCCCAACAGCUACCGGCCGGAGAACAGCUACACGCUGCCUAUUCGCAAGGAUGACUAUGGCCAUGUGGCACAGCCCCAGGUGCCUAUGGGUAGCAGCACUGUGGAUCUGAACCGCUCACAACCAGAGCGCUUCCAGCCUGAGCCAUAUGGCCUGGAGGAUGAUCGCCGCAGCUUGGGCCCUGAAGAGGAAGAGCCAUAUGAGCUGGAGCCCGACUACUCCACUGCCAACCGACGUACCUUGCCAGGGGCUAACCGGGGGCGCACUCACCGGGAACCUCUUCGUGAUGGGCCCCGAGUCAGAGGGUAUCCAGAUGACCCCAUUGAGGCAGAGCUGAUCGAUGAGCGCCAUCCUUACAUCCACGGCAUGUAUUCAGCACCACUGGCUCAGCCAGAGAGAGGCAGCAUGGCCAGUCUGGACCGCAUGGGUGGCCGGCGUUCGCCCUCCAUUGACAGCAUUCGCAAAGAUCCACGUUGGCGUGACCCAGAUCUUCCCGAGGUCAUCGCUAUGCUAGGCCACCCCAUCGAUCCAGUCAAGUCCAACGCUGCUGCCUACCUGCAGCACCUGUGCUACGAAAAUGACAAGAUUAAGAAGGACGUGCGGCAGCUGAAGGGGAUUCCUGUUCUGGUGGGGCUUCUGGAUCACCCCAAAUCCGAAGUCCACCGCAAGGCUUGUGGUGCCCUGCGCAACAUCUCCUAUGGCAAGGACAAUGACAACAAGGUGGCCAUCAAGAAUUGUGAUGGCAUCCCAGCCCUCGUCCGCCUGCUGAGGAAGACCAAUGACAUGGAGGUUCGAGAACUCAUCACCGGAACCCUGUGGAAUCUGUCAUCCUAUGAACCCCUGAAGAUGGUGAUAAUCAACCACGGCCUGCAGACUAUGACCAACGAGGUUAUAAUCCCUCACUCGGGCUGGGAACAUGAGCCCAACGAGGACUCGAAGCCGCGUGAUGCAGAGUGGACCACUGUGUUCAAAAACACCUCCGGCUGCCUCAGAAAUGUGAGCUCAGACGGGGCAGAGGCUCGCCGCAGACUGAGGGAAUGUGAUGGAUUGGUGGAUGCUCUGCUGCACGCUCUUCAGUCAGCUGUAGGGAAGAAGGAUAUGGAUAACAAGUCUGUGGAGAACUGUGUUUGUAUUAUGAGGAAUCUGUCCUACCACGUCCACAAAGAGGUGCCAGGGGCCGAAAAGUUCCAGGACCCGUCAGCGCUACAGGCCCCUGGAUCAGUGGGACCACAGAGGAAGAAGAAGGAUGACGCCGGCUGCUUCGGAGGAAAGAAGGCCAAAGAGGAAUGGUUUAAUCAAGGCAGAAAAAAUGGUGAGAACGACAAAAACUACGACACAUUGGAUCUGCCCAAGCGCACAGAGCCGUCAAAAGGCUUUGAGCUGCUGUAUCAGCCAGAAGUGGUGAGGCUCUACCUAUCUCUGCUGACAGAGAGCCAGAACUACAACACCCUGGAGGCAGCUGCCGGGGCUCUGCAAAACCUCAGCGCUGGACAGUGGACUUGGUCCAACUACAUCCGAGCCACGGUGCGUAAGGAGAAAGGUCUCCCCAUCCUGGUGGAGCUGCUACGUUCUGACUCAGACAAAGUGGUCCGAGCUGUGGCCAUCGCCCUGCGCAACCUGUCUAUCGACCGCCGCAACAAGGAUCUGAUUGGAAGUUAUGCCAUGCGGGAUUUGGUGAGCAACCUGCCCAGCGGUCAGCAGCGACCAGCCAAGAACCUGGAGGAGGACACCGUGGUCGCCAUCCUCAACACCAUCCACGAGAUUGUUACCGACAGUUCUGAAAACGCUCGCUCCCUCAUCCAGGCCCAGGCCAUCGAGAAGCUGGUCGCCAUCAACAGGACCAGCCAAUCAGCACGCGAAACGAAGGCAGCAUCCCACGUGCUGCAGACGGUGUGGAGCUAUAAGGACCUGAGGAACGCCUUGACCAAGGACGGUUGGAACAAGAGCCACUUCCAGCCCACUGUGACAGCCACCCCUAAAGCAACCAAGAACGGCAAGCCAGGUUAUGACGACACCACUCUGCCCUUGAUGGAGAAGAACCAAGGCACCAGGAAAUGUGGCAGUGGUGAUAUGAUACCUAUGGAUGAGCUGGGUCCAGAUGGUUACUCCACCAUUGACCAGAGGGACAAAGACUGCAAAUACAAGACAGGCGACGGCUCGGUGGACCUGACAGAACGGGAGCCAUUAAAGAAUGACACAAAUAGGAAACACUAUAUCAGGAGUAACAGGCCUGCGGUCAGUCUGGUGGACGCUUGUGAUGUUAAGCCCCAGCCUGUUGACUCCUGGGUCUAAAUGCAUGCAUGGCUUAAAAUAGCAACAGUGCCACACCCCAGCUAGAAGAGGAUCUCAUAUCACCACUGCCAUAUCACACCGAACUCAUCUUUGGAGUUGGACUUUGUACAGAAAAGGGGAUUUUAAAGGAAAUGAAGGAUCACAACAGCCACUACGCAGCAACAGCCAGCAUUCAGUCAUGCUUUCAGAGAAAAAUUUUAAAAAGAAUAAUAAAAAAUGACUACUCCUACUACUUUCUCAUAUCUACAUUCCCUCUGGACAUCAUGUGAAUUUUACAGUGUUGACUGUUGUUGAGCUCUGAGAAGAGGACAGAGGCCGGUGCUGGUGAAGGAAUGGACAUGUGAAGAGAAGACAACGGCAAGUAGAGAAAAUGAACGGAAAAGGAACGUGUGCUGGAAGGAAACCUGUAAGACAACAAAUGGAAAAUGGACAUUUUUUCAUUUUAGUUUUCAAAUCUGGAAGAAGUUCGUCCCACAAAUUGUGUGGCUUGUGGGGAAUUUUGCUUUCAGUUUGUUCUCAAACGUUGGUGUUUUGAUGUGAACAGGGUUGGACGGGUGUGUUUGAAGGUCACUGAAUGUUUGCGUCAGAUUAGACGGGACGGACACAGGAAAAGGAAAGUAGAAGGAGAGAAAGCGAGCCUGAGGAGAGCUGUAGCAUAGUGGGUAAACGUGUACUCCAGCAGCCUGAUCUCAUGAACUUACAAUCCAUUUGGGUUCACUGUGUUUUUUCAUUCAAAAAAAAAAAAGUGCACUGAGAUGCUUUGAAAUCAAACGUGUUAAGCAGGUGAUUGAUGUCCAUUUUAUAAAAGUUGGAGGAGUCUGCAAGUUGCGGUCUGGAGAAAAGAAAGCGAGUUUCUGUUCACACUGCGUCACAAAAGGAAGCUCGGAUGGAAACGAACAAAAGCAACAAAGACUUUCUGUUUCACUGUGGUCAACAUGUAUGAGCCAAAAGGCAUGCUGACCUGCACUCACAGAGCUGCGGUUACUUGUGUAACCACUCAGAUUGUGUAGUGAUGCGGUUUCAUGAGCUUCCUGGCUGGUUGCUGUUUGUCAAUGAUGUGUAUUAAAGAGGAUAUAAGGCAUUUUGUUUAUAAAUGAUUUGUGUUUUUGAAAAGAGGGGCAGAAGAUUGUUCUCUUGUUGAAAGGAUAGAUCUAAAAGCGUUUUUUUUUAUUUUUGUUGGGUUUUAUACAAAUGUAUAUUAGGGUCAAAAGGAGAAAAAAAAUGAAAAAUGAAGGAAAAAAACAACAAAAAUUACAGACUUCUUAGUUGUAUAUUAAUAUCACAUUGUUUGGAAAGCACAUCUCAUUUGAUAAAGGCUCACCAUGUUUGUAAGCAAGAAAUAACCACGUAACUUAAAUGUGUGUCAAAUAUUGUCGAGUUACGCCGACGAUCACCUAUUUAUAUUUUGUAUUUGUCAAAAAAAGGUUACAGAAGAAAAAGUUUAUCUGCAGUGUUCUUUAUAAAGGCGAUGGAUUCGUGUUCGUCUGACGUUUCGAGGCGCUCUGGAGGGUCAGACUUCAGACGGAGGUGAUGGGAUACACAAGAGAUAGCAGUGUUAAUAAAAGCCCCUUCAUCUUUCUUCCCCGUGCAUUUAGACCACCAACCCUCCUUCACCAGUGCAUCUUAAAGAGAAACAUUCAGUCGUGAGCAUGAAGAAAAUCUGUACAGAUGUUUAUAUUCUAUUCUUUCCAAGUGCCAGUUUUUUUGUGGUGUCAUUUGGAUAUUAACUAAUUCAUUCAUGUGCAGGAAGAGAGGACAGGUGGAUGAUUGGAUGUGGUUCGAGGCAAAAAUGAAAGUGUUGCAUCACUGUAUAAAUUAAAACAUCGAGUUUGGUCAUAUAGUAUAUAUUUUUACAGCGGUAUCGGGUGGACGGUUGAGAUGCAGAGAGGCAGAGGGUUUGCAGGAUCAUAUUGCCAUUGAAGAGAAUCCAGUCCCAGGUGGUGUCACUCAUGCGUCAUCAAGGCAAACGGCAUGUGCCUGCGUUGAAGUCUGAUUUUUCUUUGUGGCGUAUGUGACUUUAUAAAGCUUGCAUAUUUUACACAGUGUUUACAAAGAUGUACGUUGUGGUAAAAAUCAAUGAACUACAAAAAAAAACAACUUACUGUAUAAAUUUUAAUUUCAAGAGGCUAAAAACGUUAUAAUACCCAGCAUCCCUUUUGUGUGUCCUCAGAAGUGUGUGCUUUCAUUGGACAAAGACCCAUAUGACUGUCUAUUCCUAACUGCACUACGCAGUACCACAACCAAAGGAUCUGGAGGAGUAUUUACACGAAUUCAUACAAAAAAAAAGAGGUUUUUGGUUUUGUGGAUGUGCAGCCUGUUGUGCAUUUACGAAGAAAAAGAGCCAAGCUACUGUGCUGUAAGAUAAAUGGACAUGGACACACAUCAGAUCAAACAAACCUACCUGUGUAGAUAUAACUGAUUCAAGACCGUCAAAAUAAAGUAACUGUACUACUCAGUAGCAGAUGUGUUUGUACCUAUCAUGUGCCUUAACCUUUUCCAUGGUAGAUAAAGAUAAGUGUGUUUUAUAUAACUUUAUUCCUCCCCUUCGACCGUCAUCUCUCCAUUCCGUCUGUUCACCUCAUCCCCCCCCCGUGUCAGCCUCCCUCCCUUUUUACCUCCAAUCGACUCAUCACAUCAUCCAUCCUGCGCCCCCUCACCCCCCAACCGCCCCCCCCUCCUCCUCCUCCAACCGCCCCCCCCUCCUCCCCCAACCCCAAGUAGUUUAGACUGUUGGUGGGUUUCUGCCUUGUAUUACAUUGUAUUAUAAACUUUUAAAAAGAUAGUCAUUCGGCGAAAAAACGAAAAAGCGGUUUUGGUUUUGUAGAGGAGUAAAGUUGUUAAUGCUUUGGUAGCGAGCAGAAGCGAUGCCACAGUGACAGAAUGUAUUAUGUUAAUUUUACUAAUACCCAGAGGCAAAUAUUACGCUUGUUAAACAUAACGGAAAAAUACCGGUUUGUAGAGUAUAAAUUUGGUGUGUUUUCAAUAAAUCAUGCCUGGAAAGAA